AUUCGACCGGUGACCAUCAUCAGAGGACCCACCCCAUCCGUGUCGCGCUUUUCUUCGGCGCAGCGCACAGCGGUGUCUCCGGUGGUGAUGUCACCCCCUGUUAGCCCGGCACCAUAUAUGUGGUCUGGAGUGGCGACAUCUAUCCCUCAGGUGGUGCCGGUGACGUACCCAGCGGUGCCGGUGACGUACCCAGCGGCUCCAGCAGUCGUCUCGCCGUACAGGACACAGGUGAUGACGGCUUGUCGUUCCUCUCCUCCAACAGCCUUCAGAACGCUGCAGGUCAGCAGACCUGGAUCUUUGCUGGUCUCCCAAGCUCCUUCAGAUCCGGAACGCUCGUGGGCAACGUCCUCAUCCUGUCGGAUCGAGACUGGGAUGACUGGUGGAAAUGCCAAGAUUUCGAAGAAGCUCCCGUCCAUCAACUUCUCGCUGGCUGGGAAAAAGUGUGCCAGUGGUCGUCCACACCUCUACGAGGCACCGUUCUCACCAUCCUUGUGCUACAAAGACGGCGAAGAAUUCUUUCGGAUUCCGGCUGGCUGGGCGGCUAUGAGGACCAAAGCUGGUCUGCUGCUCUGGUUCGAGUUGACGGAAGACCAGACCUUGAGCGAAGCAGUCAAGAAUUUGGCUCAGGCACCGCAAGGUACGUCCGCGGGCGGCCGUCAAAGCUCGCCUCAGAGGAGCAUCUCAUUGAAGGAUGGCGAGUCUGGACGGAGAAGGACCACCUCAACGCGCCUCGCCGCGCCAUUUGCCUUAACUCUGCAGCUGCCAGCAUCAUCAUCGACAGCGACUUCAAAUGCGACACGCCAGGCACCGACGGCAGCAUCGCCCACGACGCUGGUGGCGCGCGCACGUGGAAGUUGCAGCAUCGAUGGCCCUGUGAGACUGCCGAUUGAUGAUGUCAUGGUGCUGCACCCCACAGGAGGUGGUGGCGUUGGCAUCCGAGCCGCCUUGAGCCUGGCUGAAGGAGCUGGCGCCAAGGGAGGUGUUGAUGGAGCUUUGAAGGUGUGGAUCUCUUCCCUAGGGAAGGGCAGCUAUGAGUGCUGA